GCAGUUUUAGAAAGGAAUUGGAGCUCACUUCUUUCCCUUAUCAGAAGAAGAAGAAGCUGGAAGCCGAAGAAUCUUGUUCUUGGCUCUUCGCGAUCGCUACGGUUGGGGUAAGUUUUGCGAUCUCUCACUCUUCGAGUGCAGGUUCCUUCCUCGUCGGAUCCCCUUAUAAGAGUGUUUUGAGUUGGUGAAGGAUUGAUCCGAGGUUUAUAUGGGACUGUUGAGUGCUAGAGAUUAGUGGCGGCUUCUGACGUUUUCAACUGAAUUUUUGGUUCCGGGUGAUACAGUACUAGGCUAUAUCUGCCGGUACAGUGAAUGUAAUGAUUUUCUUAGGCUGUGGAUUCUAAUGAUAAUUUCGAAAGUUUGCAUUACUGAUGGGUUCCUUUUUUUUUUUUCCCCAGAUAGUUACCCUUUUUCGCCUCUCUGAUAUAAUUGAACGAUGCUUGCUUGUGCAUGAAAGUCGAUGAAUCGAAAUUUCGUGAGAGGAAGUUUUAUGGCAACUCUGGAGGGACCUAUCAUUUACCAGCCUGCUUUUUAUGCAACCAACACAAAACUAUCUGCUCAACUAGUAAAAAUCCCUUUAAGAAGGGUUAGGAAUCACCGAGAUGGCUUUUUGGGCUAUAAAGGGUUAUAUGCGGGUACAGUUGGAGGUUUUCUUUCUAGAAGACAUUUUCAGUGGAAGAGUGGACCUUUGCUUUGCAGCCUUAGAUCUUCUUCUGAUGGAAAUGGAAGCAUGCCGGAGAACUUCAGUGAGAAUGAUGCCGAGUUUGUGAAUGCAAGUGUAAUUGAAGCCGUUGAAGUGAAAAGUGGUUCAGAUGGUUUCUUUAUUAGAAUGCGCAGUGGUAGAAAUUUAAGAUGUGUGCACAAUAGUCCUCAAGGAGGACAUCUACCAGACUAUGCUCCUCAUCCAGCAAUUGUGCUGAAGAUGGAAGAUGGAAGUGAUAUCCUUCUUCCUAUUAUAGUUUUGGAGAUGCCCAGUGUUCUGCUAAUGGCUGCACUCCGUAAUGUACCUAUUGCUAGGCCAACUAUCUAUCAAGUUGUACAAGAUAUGAUUGAUAAAAUGGGGUAUGAGGUACAUCUUGUUCGAGUUACUAGAAGAGUACAUGAAGCUUACUUUGCUCAGCUGUACCUUUCCAAGGUCGGGGACAAAAAAGACAUAAUUAGCUUUGAUCUCCGCCCUUCAGAUGCAAUAAACAUGGCAGUCAGAUGCAAGGUUCCCAUACAAGUGAACAGAACUCUUGCAUACAAUGAUGGGAUGAGGAUCAUCGGACAAGUGAAGCAUGCAGCAAAGUCUUCUCAAUCUGAUGGUUUUCUGACCACUGAACUUGAUAGGCCUGAUGGUCAGCCGUGCACAGAGACCAAAGAGUUUGACUUUGUUCGCAAUAUGUUGAUUGCUGCUGUUGAAGAACGGUAUACAGAUGCAGCUCAAUGGAGGGACAAACUUUUUAAGCUUCGAUCCAAGAAAGGAACUGAACAUGAUUAACAACCUCUACAUGUUGAUAUAUUCAAAGGGGCAUCUUUUUUUUUUGAAGAAAUUUGAUCUGAUGCUGCGUACAAUGUACAAAAUGUUGUUUGUCUGAACAAAAAUCUGAAACAAACCUCUGACGCCUGCAUCAUAUAAUUAUCCAUAAAUGUGCUAUGCCUGUGAAUAUCUGUAUAGAUAAAACCCAUAGCCUUAUUAAAGAGCUUUAGAUGGCUCAGAAACUUUGUUGAAAGUAAGAUUUUCUGUCAACAUAUGUAUGUAUAUAUAUAUUAAGGAAGAA